CACAAGAGCUAAGCGGAAAUAAAACAAACUGAGCUGUCGGGAAAAAGAGUAAACCUAACCGGGUGGAUAACGCGAGUUUAGCGUUAAAACAAAGCAGCAUCUCAUUCUAAGGUGGUUCCGGUCGCGACAACGCUUCAGAACUUCAAACAAGUCGCGGACUCUUUUAUUCCUAGCUUGGCUAAUGUUUAACUUGCGCGCUCACCUCCGCACCGGAAGAGAUAGCAGCGGUGCGUUUAAGCUAGUUGGUACAAAUGACAUUCCGUGUAACUCCAAAUCUCCUGCACCGUCCUGAGUUCUUCUCAUAAACUUUACUGAAGCUCCCGUCUCUGUUUUUGCAUGUCCUCGUGAUCCAUGACAGCUUGGCUCAGCUAUGGCUGUCGUGUCAUGGAAGGAGAUUUUACUUUUGACAGGGGUGGUGGUGGGAUGUUACUGGAACAGCCUGUCAUGCGGGUUUGUGUUUGAUGAUGUCUCAGCUAUCCUUGACAACAAGGACCUCCGGCCCUCAACGCCUCUCCGCAACCUGUUCCUCAACGACUUUUGGGGAACGCCGAUGGCUGAGGAGCGCAGCCAUAAGUCGUACAGACCACUGACGGUGCUCACGUUCCGACUAAAUUACCUCUUCAGUGAUCUCAGCGCAGCCUCCUAUCACCUGCUGAAUAUCAUUUUACACGCCGCCGUCUGCGUGCUUUUCCUGCGGGUUUGCCGACUGUUCCUGGACAAGCCUUUCAGCUUACUGGCAGCGCUGCUGUUUGCCGUGCACCCCAUCCACACUGAGGCUGUCACUGGUGUAGUUGGAAGAGCUGAGCUACUUUCUUCAAUUUUCCUGUUGGCUGCUUUCCUGGCAUACACAAAAUCAACUAGUGUGGAGCAUUCCAUUGUUUGGCCCCCCAUUGCUCUGACUGUUGUUCUGGUGGCUUCGGCGACACUGUGUAAGGAGCAGGGAAUCACAGUCGUUGGCAUCUGUUGCGUCUAUGAAGUGUUUGUUGCACAAGGGUUUACCCUGCCCUUGCUGCUGGAUACCUUGCGGCAAGUCCUGCAGGGUAAAGAUGGUUUCCCGUACGCUAUCCUACAAACCCUGCUGAAGCUCAUUGUCCUCGUCAUCAGCACCCUGCUGCUCGUCAUCAUCAGGGUUCAGGUUAUCCAGUCCCAGCUGCCUGUCUUCACCAGAUUUGAUAACCCGGCAGCAGUCAGUCCCACUCCCACCAGGCAGCUGACUUUCAACUACCUGCUCCCUGUGAACGCAUGGCUGCUACUAAACCCCUCAGAGCUGUGCUGCGACUGGACUAUGGGUACCAUUCCUCUUGUGGAGUCCCUUUUAGACCUCCGUAACUUGGCCACUGUGAUGUUCUACACAUUUCUGUGCCUGCUUGCUCACUACAGCCUGUGCUACAGACACAGCUCAGCCAAGACUGUGAUCAUGGCCUUAUCUUUGAUCGUCCUGCCCUUCAUUCCAGCAUCCAACCUCUUCUUUCCUGUGGGUUUUGUUGUUGCAGAGAGGGUACUUUAUGUUCCCAGUAUGGGAUUCUGUGUUCUUAUAGCACAUGGAUUUAAGAUGGUCUCGCAUAAAGGACAUUUAAAGAAGAUUUCCUGGUUGAUGAUUGGCGUGCUGCUAACCACCCAUGCAGUGAAAACUUUCAACAGGAAUUGGGACUGGGAAUCGGAAUAUACCCUGUUCACCUCUGCCCUGAAGGUUAACAAAAACAAUGCCAAGUUGUGGAACAAUGUUGGCCACGCUUUAGAGAACCAGAACAAUUAUGCAAUGGCUCUGCGGUAUUUUCUCCAGGCCACUCGCGUCCAACCAGAUGACAUUGGGGCUCACAUGAACGUUGGAAGAACUUACAAGAACUUGAACAAGUCUAAACAAGCAGAGGAAGCUUAUCUGGUUGCCAAAUCUCUCAUGCCACAGGUUAUUCCGGGUAAGAAGUACGCGACACGUGUAGCCCCCAAUCACCUUAAUGUUUACAUAAACCUGGCAAAUCUGAUCCGGGCCAACGACUCACGGCUGGAGGAAGCUGAUCAGCUCUACAGACAAGCAAUCAGCAUGAGACCUGACUUCAAACAAGCCUACAUCAGCAGAGGGGAGCUGCUGCUGAAGAUGAACAAGCUGACAGAAGCCCGUGAUGCCUACCUCAGAGCCUUAGAACUUGAUGGCACCAACGCCGACCUGUGGUACAAUCUUGCCAUCGUUAACAUCGAGAUGAAAGACCCACCUGAAGCCCUGAAGAAUUUUAACCACGCCCUGGAGCUCAACCCGCGCCACAAACUGGCGCUUUUUAAUUCAGCUCUUCUCAUGCAGGAGUCUGGAGAACCAAAGUUCUGGCCUGAAGCCAACCGUCGUUUCCUCACCUAUGUGGAAGAGGAGCCUGAUGAUGCCAAUGGCUACUUCAACCUCGGCAUGCUGGCCAUGGAUGCUAAUGAAAAUGCUGCAGCUGAACAUUGGAUGCGAAAAGCCAUAGGUCUGCAGGCUGGGUUCCGCAGCGCGCUGUUUAACCUGGCUUUGCUUUACUCUCAGUCUAAACGUGAGGUUGAUGCACUGCCUGUGUUAGACGAGCUCCUGCGCCACCACCCUGAGCACAUAAAGGGCCUGAUUCUGAAAGGCGACAUCCUCAUGAACCACAAGAAGGACACCCACGGGGCUAAAGCUUGCUUUGAACGCAUUCUGCAAAUGGACCCUACCAACGUCCAAGGAAAACAUAACCUGUGUGUGGUCUUCUUCGAAGAACGGGACUUACCGCGGGCCGAGCGAUGCCUCGAGGAAACUCUGGCCCUGGCUCCGAAUGAGGAGUAUGUGCGUCGUCAUUUGAACAUUGUACGCAGUAAAAUGGCUGCCAUGAGCGCAGCAGGGGAGCCGCUUUCAAAAGAGGGAGCCCGUUUGUCACCCAGGGAGGAAAAGCCGCAGGAAGCAACAGAAGAGAUUGCUGUGGGCAAAAAGGAAGGGAGGGGUGCUGAUGCUGUUGGAAAGAGCACCGGAGAGGAGAAGAAUGUGCGGAAAUCCUCAGUAGAAGGACUCAGAGGUGGGGGUGCAGACCAAACAGAACCUUUUGACAGUACACAGGCUGGCAAACGGACUAAGGGCAAGUCCACUAAAGAGAUAAAAGAUAUAGAGGAAAAAAGGGCAGCAGCCUUGAAGAGACUAGAGGAGAUAGAGCGUAUAUUAAGUGGUGAUUGAUAAUAGUGCAUCUCAGUACUGGAGAACCUUUAUCAAAGCUCAUUAGAAUAACACAGCACUCCCCUUAAUAAUGUGUAUUCUUAAUCAGCUGAGAUUGUAUGUUUUCUUCAUAUCUUUCGAACUGCUCAGUGUCCGUCUUUAUUUUUCCUUUUUUUAAAUCUUAGAUCAUAUAAAACUAUAUGGAACAAAUGAUCUAUUUUAAGCCCACUGCAGAUGUAAAUGUGAGCUUCAACUGAAUGUGAAUUUCACACAUUUUUCUUUUCUUUUCUUUUUUUCUGCUCCGUGUGUGUGAUUAUUGUUUAUCACUGGAUUUGUGUUUAAUAAGAUGUGUCACUCUUCCGUUAUUGUUUAAAAGAAAAAAGAAUGAUUGUAUCACGGACAAUUAAAGGAAGUGACCUGUUCCCCACACGUCUCUGAGGCAGGACCGUAACAGAACACUUCACAGCUCAAAAUAAACCACACAGCAAGCAAAAUACCCCCCCUCCCACACACGAACACACACACAAACACCUCUAACACUACAAGCUCAUGCUCCGUCACAGCAGCUUAAAUUUAUUGAUCUCACUUGGCACUUCAUGCUAUGACAUCGUAUUUUGUAUUUCUAGCUGCCUUCACCUCACAAUCUGAUUGAAGGUCCUUUUCCAGACUGUUAACCCUGAUCAAUCUGUUCCAUUUUCACGGCUAUGUUCUGUCCUGCAGCAGCUUUAUUAGAGGUGGAUGUUUUGGAUGUUUUUCUUAGUAAACUGUCCCGAGGACAUUGCUUCUACAUGGGUGACACCCAUUUUUAUAUGACGGUUAACGAUCACGCACACCCCUCCUUAGCAGCACCAUGUGUUUUCAUUUUCCAAAGCUCCUUCCACCUCAAGAGGGGAAUUUUCUUAGCACAUUUGGAAAACAUGGAUUUCCUCCAUCCUCUCUGCACAAUAAGGAUGAUGUAACGACUCACUGCAACCAAGACAUCAUUUGGAGGUUAGAUAUUUUCUAAUCGUUUUUGCAGACUCUAUUGUUUACAAGCAGUUUCUGGCAAUGCCAAGGGGUAUUUUUUUUUCAUUCUACCACUAAAUAAGACCCAACUGGCUGUCUUUGAAGUAAUCUGCAUAUUCAACCAAUUCUUCAAGAAAGACCACCAAAAACAUUUCUGCACCUUAUAACAGGACUGCCUCAACGUAAAGACUAAGCCAAGGCAGCCAUGUAAUUGUAUCAAUGCGACACGCUCUACACUUUCUAAUGUAAAUUUUGCAGAGCUGCAUUUUUUCUCGUGAGCAAAUCAAGAUUUUCACAGCUCCCGUGAUGUUAUUGGUUUCUCUCCACAAGACUGAGAUUUGUUGUUUAUGGUUGUUAUGAUGGAGGCGGCACAGACUGAUUUCUGUCAGAAUCAGUGAGGCGGUACUACUUAAAGGCAUUGCUGUGCGCUAAUCUUUUCUGGCUCUAAAAAUAUUAAUCUACAUUCAUAUUCAGAGUUUCAUAUCCAGUGUUAUUUAUUAGUAUUAUGUUUUUUACUCUCCAGGUUAAAGCUAUGGCAGUGUGUGUUUUUGAGUCCAGUAUUUUUAUUUUUUACUGUGUCAGAUCCAUCAUGUGUUUGGUCAGAGCCUGUGUCAGUCAGUGUUAAAUGCUAACUGAUUAACAGUGUGUUCCAUUAAGAAGGUACAGCUUUGGACCAUGAAGCAUCCAGUUUGCUAUGUAUUGAGUUUUACCUCAUUUACUGUCUUUCUUUCUUUUUUUUCACAAUUUAAGAUUUUUAUAAGACCCUUGGUGGUGGUUAUUAAAUAAAGUGGGAUUAAAAGGCA